AUGCACAUGACAGACGACAUCAAAGAGCUCACCGGGAUGACCAACUCCAACGGACAACAAGCGCCACUGUCGCUCUACGGAAAGGAAGCAGAAGAAGCAGGGUUGUGGGCCAUCUCACUCAAAACUGUGGUCCAUAUGGUAGUUAAUUCAUGCAACCAUGAGUGUCUCGAUAUGCUGCAAGACUUCAAGAGCGCAGGAGGAUACGACGUUAUGCGCUAUGCCGUGUUGAAUGGCACAUCCAAACACGGUAAAGAAUUGAUUGCCUUAAUUCCGCUCUUGACUUGCUGCUCGACGGACCUUCAGGAUGAAACCACUGGCAGUGGGUCUAAACUUGCCACAAAUCAACAAGCGUUCGAGGUUGUCGAAGACCUCAUGCUCAAGUACAAUCCGUUGGUCAGAGCCUACAAAGACGAACACAAUGGUCAGAAACCAGAUUUUUCCAGAGAAGGCGCCAUGCAAUAUCUGGUAAACUUCUCACUAAAGACAGCUGCAAAAGUUCGUUUCACGAAUGGAUCGACAUCAGAAGAGUCAAGAGCACAGUACGACAUUGAAUCCGAGUUGCUCGAUUGCACGCUCCAGUUGUACUCUAGUCACCCCAACAACUACGACAUUCUCGAGAGGAAAUACAACGUGUCUCUCUCUCUUUUUGAUCGCGUAUCCAACAUUCGAUGA